AACGUUUCAGAGCCUCCUAGAGUUCCAAUAUUAAUUCCACACUUCUUCAUUUCUCUUUUCACACCUCCAAAAAACAGAAUACCCCCUGCAUAUUUCAAUUUUGUUUUGGUGAGUUAGUUCAAUUUACUGUGCCAUGAAGAGAGAAAGAGAAAUUGAUAGCAUGACCAUGGCAAAUUGCUUGAUGCUGCUUUCUCAAGGAGGUGAAUUUGAAACCACCACCACCUCCACCUACUCCCCUAGCCGUGUCUUUGAAUGCAAAACAUGCAACAGGCAAUUUUCUUCUUUUCAAGCACUCGGUGGGCAUAGGGCAAGUCACAAAAAACCAAGGUUGAUGGCAGGAAAUGGAGACAUGGAAUUGCUUCAUGGUUCAUCAUCACCUCCAAAGCCUAAGACUCAUGAAUGCUCAAUUUGUGGGUUGGAGUUUGCAAUAGGACAAGCCUUAGGAGGACACAUGAGAAGGCACAGAGCUGAAAAUUUGAGUGGAAACAUGAUGCAGAGUUCUACUACUAUGAGUUGUAGUAGUGGUGGUAGCAGUCUUGAUUCAUCACCAAAGAAUGUUAUGAAAGCUUACAAGAAGAUAGUUUUGGCUUUGGAUUUGAACUUGACACCUUUUGAGAAUGAUUUGGAGUUUUUGAAGAUUGGAAAGGCCACUGGUUUGGUUGAUUAUUUGCAUUGAGUAUUGUUGAUUAAAAUUGGAGAGAUAUAGCUAGUGUGGACCAUAGAUAGAUUAAUUUUAUUUGUUUGUCUUUUAUAUACACACUUUUUUGGAAUCAUACAGUAUGAAAUAUCGUUCAUUAUAUAA